ACGUAGACAGGGGGUCCCGAGGGUACUCAACGUGGCAGUCACCGGAUAUACAAGUUAUACACAAGUCCGAAGUGGGCUUCUUUGGAUAGCUAGGUCAUCGAGCGCCAAGACAGAUUUCAAGCUAAAUCCGUGACGUGCACACUUUUACUUAUCUCCGAAUAAGUUGGAAGUCUUCAGGUUGUUCGUGCAGUGAAAUCUAACUUCCAGCGUUAGACUCCCACUAGUACAUCCAUAUAAGAAGAACGGCCUGCCCUGUCAAGAACAGCGUCUCUCACUAUUGCCCUACCUCGAUCAUAAACUACAAAGACAGCGUCAGCCCUCACCGUCCAAAAUCUAUUAUCAACGAUUUUACUCAAGACUUUACAUUGAAUUAUCUUCAAGAAAAUGUCGCAACAACUCGUGGGAAAACCAGUCAGCAAAACUGGGUUUGGUCUUAUGGGUUUGACUUGGCGCCCGACCCCGAUUCCAUUCGAAGAAUCCAUCGAGAUUAUGCAUCAGGCAUUUCAUAAGCACGGCGCAAACUUCUUCGUUGGAGGGGUCUUCUAUGGCCCACCAGAGCGUAACAGUCUACAUCUACUCAAGGCAUAUUUCGAUAAAUAUCCUGAAGACGCUGAAAAGGUCAUCGUGUCAAUCAAGGGCGGCAAUGAUCCGAAAACCCUGGCACCCCAAGCGAAUGAGAAGGACUUGACUGCCGAUAUUGAGUUCUGCCUGAAAACUCUAGACAACAAGAAAAUCGACAUCUUCGAGGCGUCUCGUGUCGAUCCCAAGGUCCCGAUCGAGGAUUCCCUAAGCUACAUCAAGAGAUAUGUUGAUGCUGGCAAGAUCGGAGGCGUGGCCAUCUCCGAAGUAAAUGCCACUUCAGUCCGGAAAGCAGCCAAGUUCACAAACAUCGUCGCGUGCGAGAUUGAGUUUUCGCUUUUUCAUACUGCCCCUCUCACGAAUGGGGUCUUCGCUGCCUGCAAGGAGCAUAACAUUCCCGUUAUUGCGUACUCACCACUGGGCAGAGGCUUUUUGACUGGCCAAAUCAGGACACCAGAGGACAUUCCGGAGGGAGACUUUCGCAGGACUAUCCCACGCUUCCAGGGCGAGACAUUCUACGAAAACAUCAAGCUAGUGAGAGCCAUCGAACAGCUGGCGGAAAAGAAAGGAUGCACAUCUGGGCAAGUUGCACUUUCUUGGAUUGAGCAGCAGAGUGGGAGGAAUGGUAAUCCUGUUAUUAUUCCCAUUCCAGGGACUACCUCACAAAAGCGAUUGGUUGAGAAUAUGGUUCGCGUUCACCUCACAGAUGAGGACUUUAAGGAAAUUGAUGGAAUUAUUGCCAGCAUUCCAAUCUCCGGCACACGAUACGGAGGACACGCUUUGUCGGUUAUUGAUGGCUGAAGGAACGUAGAAUCAAACGAAAGCCCCAAAUAGAGACUUACGAAUGAAGCUGUAAUACAUACAGAAUAGUAUGCCGACAUUUCAGAUCUAAUAAAAAUCCUCCUAGUUGCCUG